AUGUCCCUGCAGCGGGGUCUCUGCUGGCGGGGUCUCUGCUGGCGGGGUCUCUGCUGGCUGGGUCUCUGCUGGCGGGGUCUCUGCUGGCGGGGUCUCUGCUGGCGGGGUCUCUGCUGGCGGGGGUCUCUGCUGGCGGGGUCUCUGCUGGCGGGGUCUCUGCUGGCGGGGUCUCUGCUGGCGGGGUCUUUGCUGGCGGGGUCUCUGCUGGCGGGGGUCUCUGCUGGCGGGGUCUCUGCUGGCGGGGUCUCUGCUGGCGGGGUCUCUGCUGGCGGGGUCUCUGCUGGCGGUGGCGCUGCUCGCGGUGUCCCUGCUGGCGGGGACUCUGUUGGCGGUGGCGCUGCUGGUGCAGCUGAUGGGGCGCGGCGGCGUUCCGCCACCACUCCCUUCCCCCUUUCCCUCUCCCCCCCACAGCGUUCCGCCGCCACUCCCUUCCCCUCCUCCCUCUCCUCCCCACAGCGACCGCCGCUGCACACACGAACAUUCGCAACGGAGGGGGUGACGGGCAGGGGGCGGGGGAAAUGCGACGGGCAGAGCGACGGCGGGCGAAGGAGCGGGUGGGGCGACAAAAAGCGGGGAGACUGA